AUGCCGUGUCUUCGGCAGACCUUAAAAGACGACUUUAAAUUGAUAGUAUCAGGUGGAGCCUUGAAACCAGAAAUUACCAUAACUUACAUUGCUGUUUCAGCUAUAUUCUUUAACAGUGGACUCUCCCUAAAAACCGAGGAGCUGACAAGUGCUUUGAUGCAUGUGAAACUACACCUUUUUGUCCAGAUUUUUACACUUGUGUUCUUCCCAACAGCAAUAUGGCUCUUUCUUCAGCUAUUAUCAAUCACACCUAUAAAUGAAUGGCUUUUAAAAGGCUUGCAGACAGUAGGCUGCAUGCCACCACCAGUGUCAUCUGCGGUGAUUUUAACCAAAGCUGUUGGUGGAAAUGAGGCAGCUGCUAUAUUUAAUUCUGCUUUUGGAAGUUUUUUGGGCAUCAUUAUAACUCCACUUCUGCUUCUGCUUUUUCUUGGAUCAUCCUCCUCUGUGCCUUUUACAUCUAUAUUCUCGCAGCUGUUCAUGACUGUUGUAGUCCCCCUUAUUAUUGGACAGAUUGUCCGAAGAUACAUCAAGGACUGGCUUGAAAGGAAGAAGCCUCCAUUUGGCACUAUCAGCAGCUGUGUGCUCCUGAUGAUCAUCUACACAACAUUCUGUGAUACUUUCGCCAAUCCAAAUAUUGACCUUGAUAAAUUUAGCUUGAUCAUAAUAGUGUUCAUAAUAUUUUCCAUUCAGAUGAGCUUCAUGUUUUUGACUUUCCUCUUCUCUACAAGGAACAACUCUAGUUUCACACCAGCAGACACAGUGGCUAUCGUUUUCUGUUCCACACACAAAUCCCUUACCCUGGGGAUUCCAAUGCUGAAGAUAGUAUUUGCGGGUUAUGAGCACCUGUCCUUAAUUUCCAUCCCCUUACUCAUCUAUCAUCCUGCUCAGAUUCUUCUUGGCAGUCUGUUGGUACCAACAAUAAAAUCUUGGAUGGUUUCUAGGCAAAAGGCACUGAAGUUAACCAGGCAGCCCAAAGCACCUGUGAAGGUAUAAUGAUGGAGAUGGCCUGCAUCGCAGUGAAUGUAUAUAUGUACUAUACUGUACACACAGACAAUUGAGACAACUGGGUAUUUGUGAAUGUUACUUCAGUACAUAUUUUAUUUUUAUAUAUACAUAUAUAUAUAUAUCUUUAAAAAGACACCCAUUAAGUGCCUUACAGAUGCAUUUUUGGCAAAAGCAUUGUUUCCAGAAGCCACUUGGUUGGUUGCUGCAAGAGGUUGUACAGUAUUUUGGAGUCCUUUAGUUUUUAUUUUUCUAACAGUGAAUGGUCAUGACAGUAGCUGUUUCUUCCAUUAGCCCUGCUUUGAAAAGAAAGGUGCAGCAGCUGUAAGUCUCUGUUUUGAACUAGCCAAAAUGACCAGAAGCCUACCCCGCUGCUGGCUUACCCUGGAGAAGAGCCUUCUAAAGGUGGUGUUUUUUUUGAGAUUGACUUGAAUUUCUGUGUGACUCCGUUACACUCCCUAGUCAUAUGACUGUGACAUGCCUUUUUCUUCUGAGUUUGUGUAUACUCAGCAUGGGGCCAUCUAUUGGAUAGGAGCUGAGAAGCAUGAAUUAUUUGCAUUUGUUGACACAGUUGUCUAGACAUUCCUUCAAAGUUAAUGGUUUCUCAAGAAAAUUCUUUCAAUUCCAUUGUAUGAUAUUGUGCCAUUGUAUAUCUUAAAUGCCUCAUAAGAUUCUUCAAAGAAAUGGUCUGGUGCUUGGGUUAUGAGUGAAGUAUUUGUGUUUGCAGCUAGAAGAUCUUUUAUCAUUUACCCCUGAAAAACACAAAUUUUUGUUUUUCUUUUUUCUUUUCCUUCCCCCGGAGCAAUGCAUGGAGAUCAGCAGUGACAGAAUUUAGGAUGAUAAUAUUGAAACAGAGCCUUUAUUGUAGUAAGCCAAGCUAUGUUUUCUAUAUUGCUGCACUGGUAAUGAAUAAUAGCUUGUGAGGACAAGAUAGUUGACAAUUAUUUUUUUUGCCAAUUAGAAGGAUCCUUAUAGUAACAGAAAUGCUAUAGUAGCUAAUUUGACAAUCAGUCACAACUCUUUUAUAAAAUGUUACUCUUUUUAACAAAUCUAUAUAAAAUAAUACAAAUUACUAUUUCUCAGCAGAGUGUUAAAGAGAAAGGAACACAGUCAUAUAUUUAAAUAUAUAGCCAGCACUACUACUUGUCUG